UCCCCGCCCCUCCUGUCGCUCAGCCACUUCUGCAGAUCUCCUUUUGUUUGCUUCGGGGACGUGCGCCUGGGGACCUCGCGGACGCUGCCUCUGGCGGUGCAGAACCCGAACCAAGAGGUGGCCGAAGUGCGGAUUUCUCAGUUCCCGGCCGCAGACCUGGGCUUCACCGUGUCGCCGCGCAGUUUCGUGUUGCAGCCUGAAGAAAAAAUUGUUAUUUCUGUUAACUGGACACCACUCAAAGAAGGCCGAGUAAGAGCCACUGUGACAUUUCUUGUAAAUGAUGUUCUGAAACACCAAGCCAUAUUACUAGGAAAUGCAGAAGAGCAGAAAAAGAAACAGAAAAAGAGGAGUCUUUGGGAUACCACUAAUAAGAAAAAAAGUUCAGCUUCUUCAAGUCAUAACAAAAGGAUUUCAAAUUCUCAAAAUAUUAAUAAGACAUUCAGUGUUGCUCAAAAUGUUGAUAGAGUUAGGAGCCCACUGCAAGCUUGUGAAAAUCUGGCAAUGAAUGAAGGCUGUUCCCCAACAGAAAACAAUUUUUUAACACUUGAAGAAAAUAAAAUUCUUAUAUCACCCAUUAGCCCUGCUUUGAAAGAAUGCCACAGUGAAAUUUGCUUACCGCUCUCUGUACGUCGAUCUACCACCUACUCAUCUCUUCAUGCCUCCGAAAAUGGAGAGACGUUGAAAACAGAAAAUGGCAACGUCGCAAAAGAUUUUAAUUGUAAUGAGGAAGUCAUAACUGAACGUUCCUUUAAUUCCAUAAAUACUAAUGACCAAAGUGGAGAGAAUAAACUGACUCUUACCCCAAACUACUCAACUUUGAAUAUUACACAAAGCCACACACAUUUCCUAAGUCCAGAUUCUUUUGUAAAUAAUAGCCGUACAGCUAAUAAUGGGCUAGAAUUAGUGACAUGUCUUACAUCAGAGACAUUUAUGAGAGAUAAUUCAAAGCCUGUAUAUUUGGAAUCUAACACUGUACGUGAAACUUAUCGGACAAUUUUAAGUCCAAAUUCUUUUAUAAAUGAUAGUUAUGGAAUAAAUCAACCUCUAGAAUCAGAGUCAGUAAAUCCCAUUUUAUCCCCACAUCAAUUUGUCAAAGACAAUAUGACAUAUAUAUGUACAUCUCAGCCAACAUGUAAAUUGCUAUCAUCACCAAAUGAAAAUUCUCAGAUCCCAGAGCUUCAGAACUGGAGAAAAAGUGAAGUUUUGCCAUGCAUUUCUAAAUGUCAGGGUUCAAAGUCUCCCCAAGCUAUUUUCAAAGAACUCAAAGCUGUAGAAACAAAGUCGAAUAGCAACAGUUUCACAGCACAAAAUCAUUCUAAAUUUUCUGCAGUUCAGGAUAUUUCUAGUCACAGCCACAAAAAACAACCUAAGAGACGCCCAAUACUUUCUGCCACUGUUACUAAAAGGAAGCUUAUCCAUGCCAGAGAAAACAAAACUGAGAUGAAUAAACCGAAAGCAAAAAAAUGUCUCAACAACGCAGUAGGUGAAUGUGAAAAAGUAACAGAUACUCCAAAAGAGAAAGAAGCUUUUCUUUCUUAUCUUCCAAUUAUAGAGCCAAUAUUAAGUAAAUCUAAGAGUUAUAAAGAAGCAGUGACUCCUUCAAUGGUUACUCGUAAAAGAAAGAGUGAUGAAAACCUGGAAGCUGCAAAUGUGAGGGUUGUGGUUACAGAACACAUAGGGGUGCAAGAAAUCAAAAGAAUUCAUUUUUCUCCCUCUGAACCCAAAACAUCAACUGUAAAAAAAACAAAAAAGGUGAUAACACCCAUCUCAAAAAGCAACAGAGAGAAAUUAAGCCUGAAGAAGAAAACUGAUUCAUUCAUAUUCAAAACUCCUACUUCUAAACCAAACAAAAGGACAAAGCCCGUUAUUGCUGUGGCACAGUCCAGUCUGACCUUCAUAAAACCAUUAAAAACAGAUAUUCCUAGACAUCCAAUGCCUUUUGCUGCAAAAAACAUGUUUUACGAUGAACGUUGGAAGGAAAAACAGGAACAGGGCUUCACUUGGUGGCUAAAUUUUAUAUUAACUCCUGAUGACUUCACUGUAAAAACAAAUAUUUCUGAAGUAAAUGCUGCUACUCUCUUUUUGGGAGUAGAGAAUCAACAUAAAACCAGUGUUCCUAGGGCACCUACGAAAGAUGAAGUGUCUCUCCGAGCUUAUACUGCGCGGUGCAGGAUGAACAGGUUACGCCGUGCAGCUUGCCGUUUAUUUACUUCUGAAAAAAUGGUCAAGGCUAUUAAAAAGCUUGAAAUUGAAAUUGAAGCUAGGCGGUUAAUCGUUCGAAAAGAUAGACACCUCUGGAAAGAUAUAGGAGAACGCCAGAAAGUCUUGAAUUGGUUGUUGUCAUAUAAUCCUCUGUGGCUUCGAAUUGGCCUAGAGACAGUUUAUGGAGAACUCAUAGCUUUGGAAGGCAACAGCGAUGUCACAGGGCUGGCUAUGUUUAUUCUGAAUCGCUUGCUUUGGAAUCCUGAUAUAGCAGCUGAGUAUAGACACCCUUCUGUUCCUCAUCUUUACAGAGAUGGCCAUGAAGAAGCUUUGUCCAAGUUUACACUGAAAAAGUUAUUGUUGUUGGUCUGUUUCCUUGACUAUGCUAAAAUUUCCAGACUUAUUGAUCAUGAUCCUUGUCUCUUCUGUAAAGAUGCCAAAUUCAAGGCAAGUAAGGAAAUUCUUCUGGCUUUUUCACGUGAUUUCCUAAGUGGUGAAGGUGACCUUUCUCGUCACCUUAGCUUCCUGGGAUUACCUGUUAACCAUGUUCAGACACCAUUUGAUGAAUUUGAUUUUUCUGUUACAAAUCUUGCUGUAGACUUGCAGUGCGGCGUGCGUCUUGUGAGAACCAUGGAACUUCUCACACAGAAUUGGGAUCUCUCAAAGAAACUCAGGCUUCCUGCAAUAAGUCGUCUUCAAAAGAUGCACAACGUGGACAUUGUUCUUCAAGUUCUUAAGUCACGAGGAAUUCAAUUAAAUGAUGAGCAUGGAAAUACAAUUCUAUCUAAGGACAUAGUAGACAGACACAGAGAAAAAACUCUUGGGCUGCUUUGGAAAAUAGCAUUUGCUUUUCAGGUGGAUAUUUCCCUUAAUUUAGACCAAUUAAAGGAAGAAAUUGACUUUUUAAAAUGUGCACGGAGUAUAAAGAAAACAAUGUCUGCACUAUCUUGCCGAUCUGAUGCUGUUAUUAAUAAGAAAAAAGAAAAAAUGAAUAGUGGUCCUUUUGAGCAAUAUAGUGAAAAAAUAAACUUAUUGAUGGAUUGGGUAAAUGCUGUUUGUGCCUUCUACAAUAAACAAGUGGAGAACUUCACAGUGUCAUUCUCUGACGGCCGGGUGUUGUGUUACCUGAUCCACCACUACCAUCCUUGCUAUGUGCCUUUUGACGCUAUAUGCCAGCGCACUACUCAGACUGUGGAGUGCACCCAGACCGGUUCCGUGGUGUUAAAUUCAUCGUCUGAAUCCGAUGAUAGUUCUCUGGAUAUGUCUCUUAAAGCAUCUGAAAAUGAAAAUAAUUCAGGAUUAUACAAAGAACUCUUAGAAAAUGAAAAGAAAAAUUUUCAUUUGAUUAGCUCUGCAGUAAGAGACCUUGGUGGAGUACCUGCUAUGAUUCAUCAUUCAGACAUGUCAAAUACAAUUCCAGAUGAAAAGGUUGUUAUUACCUAUUUGUCGUUUCUUUGUGCAAGGCUUUUGGAUCUUCGCAAAGAAAUAAGAGCUGCUCGACUUAUACAAACCAUGUGGAGAAAAUAUAAACUAAAAACGUACCUAAAAUACCACCAGGAAAGAGACAAAGCUGCAAGAAUUAUUCAAUCAGCUGUAAUCAAUUUUCUAACCAAACGACGACUGAAAAAAGAGGUUCAUGCAGUGCUGGUCAUUCAGAAACACUGGCGAAGAAUCUUAGCACAGAGAAAAUUAAAGGAAAAACUGGAAAAAGUGCAAAAUAAAUCAGCAUCUGUUAUUCAGAGAUAUUGGAGAAGAUACUCCACUAGAAAAAGAUUUCUCAAGUUGAAACAUUACUCAAUCAUCCUGCAAUCUAGAAUAAGAAUGAUAAUUGCUGUCACAUCUUAUAAACGAUAUCUGUGGGCAACAGUUACAAUUCAGAGAUAUUGGCGGGCUUAUUUAAGAAGAAAACAAGAUCAACAAAGAUAUGAAAUGCUAAGAUCAGCUACCCUUGUAAUCCAGGCUAGGUUCAGAAGAUGGAAGCGAUGUAAGAUGCUAUUACAAAUAAAAGCUACAAGAAUAUUACAAAGAGCUUUCAGAGAAUGGCAUUUCAGGAAACGCGCUAAAGAAGAAAAGUCUGCUGUUAUCAUACAGUCAUGGUAUAGAAUGCACAAAGAACUGAGGAAAUAUAUGUAUAUUAGAUCUUGUAUUGUUACCAUUCAGAGAAGAUUUCGGUGUUUUCAAGCCCAAAAAUUAUAUAAAAGAAAAAAAGAGUGUAUACUGACUAUUCAGAAGUACUUCAGAGCAUAUCUGAAUGGGAAGACGGAGCGCACCAAGUAUUUGCAGAAACGAGCUGCAGCCCUUCAGCUUCAGGCUGCUUAUAGGAGAAUGCAAGCUCGUAACUUACACAGACGAGCUAGAGCUGCUCAUGUUCUUCAGUCAUAUUGGAGGAUGAGACAAGUCAGACUGCAAUUUUUAAACCUCAAGAAGGUUGUUAUCAAAAUGCAGGCACAUAUAAGAAAACAUCAACAAUUACAGAAAUAUAAGAAGAUGAAGGAAGCAGCACUUGUAAUUCAGACCCAUUUCCGAGCUUACCUUUCAGCCAGGAGAGUUCUGGCAUCUUAUCAGAAAACUCGUUCUGCUGUCAUUGUUUUACAGUCUGCAUAUAGAAGAAUGAAAGCCAGGAAAACAUUUAUUCGGAUUCUCACAUCUGUUGUAAAGAUUCAAUCAUAUUAUCGUGCUUAUAUUUCCAGAAAGAAAUUUCUGAGCCUGAAAAAUGCUACAAUAAAAUUGCAAUCAAUUGUCAAGAUGAAGCAAACACGUAAACAAUAUUUACAUUUAAGAACAGCUGCAGUGUUUAUCCAGCAAUGGUACCGUUCCCAAAAAAUAGCUACACAAAAGAGAGAAGAAUAUACACAGAUGCGGGAAUCUUGUAUCAAGCUGCAAGCUUUGGUUAGAGGCUUCCUGGUCCGAAAGCAGAUGAGUUUGCAAAGAAAAGCUGCUGUUUCACUCCAGUCUUAUUUCAGAAUGAGAAAGAUGCGGCAGCACUACUUGAAAAUUUAUAAGGCAACUGCUGUCAUCCAGAAACACUAUCAUGCAUACAAAGCACGAGUCUACGAGAGGAAGAACUUCUUGCAAGUCAAAAGAGCAGCGACUUGUCUGCAAGCAGCUUACAGAGGCUAUAAAGUGCGCCAACUCAUAAAACGACAAUCUGUAGCCGCACUUAAAAUUCAAGCUGUCUUUAGGGGGCAUAGUAAAAGGGUGAAAUAUCAGUCUGUGCUGCAGUCUGCUGUGAAGAUUCAGAGAUGGUACAGGGCAUACAAGACUGUUUAUAAUGUAAGAACACAUUUUUUGAAGAUGAGAGCAGCUGUGAUUUCUCUCCAGUCAGCCUACCGUGGCUGGAAAGUUCGGAAACAGAUCAGAAGGGAACAGCAAGCUGCAAUGAAGAUUCAGUCUUGUUUUAGGAUGGUCAGGGCCCAGAAACAGUUCAGAUUGUUAAAAACAGCAGUAAUAGUCAUCCAACAACAUCUGAGAGCAUGGACCGCAGGAAAGAAACAACGUAUGGAGUAUCUUGAACUCCGUCGUGCAGUCCUGAUACUUCAGUCUGCCUGGAAGGGAAGGACACUGAGAAGACAGAUUCAAAGGCAACACAAGUGUGCUGUCAUCAUUCAGUCAUACUAUAGGAUGUACGUGCAACAACAGAAGUGGAAAUCCAUGAAAAAAGCUGCUCUUCUGAUUCAAAUGUAUUAUAGGGCUUACAGUACUGGAAGAAAACAGCAUCGAUUAUAUCUGAAAACAAAAGCAGCUGCAGUAGUUUUACAGUCCACAUAUCGGGGUAAGAAAGUGAGAAAAAGAAUAAAGGAUUGCAACAAAGCAGCAGUCACUAUUCAGUGUACAUAUAGAGCUUAUAAAGCCAGAAAGAAAUAUGCAAUGUAUAGAGCUUCAGCUAUUACAAUUCAGAGAUGGUAUAGAGGUAUUACAAUUGCAAGCCAUCUACAUGAGGAAUAUCUUACUUUAAAGAAGACUGCAGUUAAAAUCCAAGCCGUUUAUAGAGGGAUUAGAGUAAGAAGACAUAUUAAACACAUGCACAUGGCAGCCACUUUUAUUAAAGCCACAUUUAAAAUGCAUCAGUCAAGAGUGAAAUACCAUAAAAUGAGAACAGCGGCUAUUGUCAUUCAAGUAAGAUAUAGAGCAUAUUAUCAAGGUAGAGUUCAGCGUGAAAAGUAUCUGACAAUUUUGAAAGCCAUCCAUGUUCUUCAGGCAAGUUUUAGAGGAGCGAGAGUUAGACAGAGUCUAAGAAAGAUGCAGAUUGCAGCCACACUCAUUCAGUCAUACUAUAGAAGACACAAACAACAAGCAUAUUUUAAUAAGUUAAAAAGGGUAACAGAAACAGUACAACAAAGAUAUCGGGCACUGAAGGAAAGAAACAUGCAGUUUCAAAGGUAUAACAAAUUGAGGCAUUCUGUGAUACGCAUUCAGGCUGGUUUCAGGGGCUGGAAAGUUAGACGACAUUUGAAGAUUAUGCAUCUAGCUGCAACCCUUAUUCAGAGAAGAUUUAGAAUGCUAAUGAUGAGAAGAAGAUUCCUAUCGCUCAGGAAAACUGUUGUUUGGAUUCAGAGAAAAUAUCGUGCAAAUCUUCAUGCCAGACAUCACUUACGACAGUUCCUUUGGUUACGAAAGGCAAUUAUUAAAAUCCAGUCAUUAUACAGAGGAUGGACAGUAAGGAAGAAGAUGCGAGAGAUGCACAUGGCUGCUGCUUGUAUCCAGGCUACUUUCAAAAUGCACAGAGCACGUGUGAGACACCAGGCUUUGAAACAGGCCUCAGUCGUGAUCCAACAGAGAUACCGAGCAACCAGAGCCGCGAAACUGCAGAGGCAGCAUUACCUCCAACAAAGACAUUCAGCCGUGAUCCUGCAGGCUGCAUUUAGGGGCAUGAAAGCUAGAAGACAUCAGAAAAGGAUGCAUUCCUCUGCGACCCUUAUUCAGAGUAGGUUUAGAUCAUUAGUGGUGAGGAGAAGAUUCCUCUCACUCAAGGAAGCUGCUAUUUCUGUUCAGAGGAAAUACCGAGCCACCAUUUGUGCCAAGCAUCAGUUGCACCAGUUCCUGCAGUUACGAAAGGCAGCCAUUGUGAUUCAGUCAUCGUACCGAAGACUGAUAGUAAAGAGGAAGUUACAAGAAAUGCAAAGGGCCGCGGUUCUCAUUCAGGCUACUUUCCGAAUGCACAGAACAUACGUGGCAUUUCAGACUUGGAAACAGGCCUCAGUUCUAAUUCAGCGACAUUAUCGGACAUAUAGAGCUGCAAAAUUGCAAAGAGAAAAUUAUAUUAGACGAUGGCGUUCUGCCAUUGUCAUUCAGUCUGCAUACAAAGGAAUGAAAGCAAGACAGCUUUUGAGGGAAAGACACAGAGCUGCUGUCAUAAUACAAAGCACUUAUAGAAUGUAUAGGCACUACUAUUUCUACCAAAGGCUUCAGUGGGCUGCAAAAGUAAUACAAGAAAAAUAUAGAGAAAAUAAAAAGAAACAGACAGCUCUUCAACCCGGUGAACUUAAGAAAGCAGCAACUUUUACUCAGGCAGGUUUUCAGGACAUGAACAUCAGCAAACACAUUCAGAAACAACAUCAGGCUGCCAUUAUUGUUCAGAAGCACUUCAAAACCUUUCAAAUGAGGAGGCAUUAUCUCCACCUUAGAGCAACAGUAGUUUCUAUUCAAAGAAGAUACAGAGCACGCGCAGCAAUGCGUAACCAAGCAGCUACUUGUAUACAGGCUUCUUACAGAGGCUUUAAGGCACGAAGGCAUAUACAGCAGAUGCACCUGGCUGCCACACUAAUUCAGUCACUCUACCGAAUGCACAGGGCCCAAGGUGACUAUCGAGCAAAGAAAACUGCAAUUGCUAUUAUACAGAAUUAUUAUAGGUCAUAUGCCAGUGUGAAAAGGGAACGAAAACAAUUUUUAGUGGUUCAGAAAUCUGUACGAACCAUUCAGGCUGCUUUUAGAGGCAUGAAAGUUCGACAGAAAUUGAAAACCAUAUCUGAGGGAAAGACAACAGCCAUUGCUAACCAAUCUGCAUUCUCCUGUCUCGGAACUGAAACCCAAUAUGAAACUGUUCAAAGUGGGGGUGUUAUGAUUCGAAAUAGAACUUCACUUGCCAGUUCACAGGAAGCAGAGUAUCAUUCUCAAAGUACAGCUGCAGUCACAAGGCAAAAAGCUUUUCAGAAAAUGGUCACAAGAAAACUGGAAACUCAGAAAUGUGCUGCCGUACAAAUUCAGUCCUUUCUUCAGAUGGCCAUGUGUCGACGAAGGUUCAUCCAGCAGAGAAGAGCUGCUGUCACUUUACAGCGUUACUUCAGGACAUGGCAAACCAGAAAACAAUUUUUACUGUAUAGAAAAGCAGUGGUGGUUUUACAACAUCACCACCGAGCCUUUCUGUCUGCCCGACAGCAAAGACAGGUGUAUUUACAAAUCAGACGCAACGUUAUCAUGAUUCAAGCUAGAACGAGAGGAUUUAUACAGAAACGGAAAUUUCAGAAAAUUAAAAGUAGCACCAUAAAAAUUCAGGCUGUAUGGAGGAGAUAUAAAGCCAAAACGUAUUUAUCUAAAGUGAAAGCUGCCUGCAAAAUUCAAGCCUGGUAUAGAUGUUGGAGAGCACGCAAAGAAUAUCUAGCUGUAUUACAAGCUGUGAGAUUUAUUCAGGGUUGCAUCCGUACCAAAUUGGAGAGAGCACGGUUUUUGAAUAUGAGAGCAUCAGCAAUUGUCAUUCAGAGAAAGUGGAGAGCUACACUUGCUGCAAGACAAGCUCGUGAGCACUUCAUAAUGACAAAAAUUUUGGAACAGAGAGCCAAAAUUCGGCGUCUUCACUUCACAGCAGCUGCCUAUUAUCACCUGUCUGCUAUUAGAAUUCAAAGAGCAUAUAAACUUUACAUGGCAGUGAAGAAUGCUAAAAAGCAGCUUAAUUCAGUCAUCUGUAUCCAGAGAUGGUUUCGAGCAAGAAUACAACACAAGAAGAUGAUUCAGAAGUCUCAUAACGUCAUAGAAGUGGAGCAUGAAGUUCAAGAACAUCUGAACCAGCAACACAGAGCAGCAUCAGUAAUACAGAAAGCAGUGCGCCAAUUUCUUCUUCACAAAAAACAGGAAAAAUUUAAUAGUGGAAUAACUAAAAUUCAGGCAUUGUGGAGAGGCUACUCUUGGAGGAAGAAACAUGACUGUACAAAAAUUAAAGCUAUACGACUAAGUCUUCAACUUGUUAAUAGGGAGAUUCAAGAAGAAGACAAGCUCUACAAAAGAACCGCACUCGCACUUCAUUCCCUGUUGACGUACAAGCACCUUUCUGCCAUUCUGGAAGCUUUAAAACACCUAGAGGUGGUAACUAGAUUGUCUCCUCUUUGUUGUGAGAACAUGGCCCAGAGUGGAGCGAUUUCUAAAAUAUUUGUUUUGAUCCGAAGUUGUAAUCGUAGUGUUCCUUGUAUGGAAGUCAUCAGAUAUGCUGUUCAAGUCUUGCUUAAUGUAGCUAAGUACGAGAAAACCACUUCAGCAGUUUAUGAUGCAGAAAAUUGCAUAGAUACACUAUUGGAGCUUCUGCAGAUAUAUCGAGAAAAGCCUGGUGACAAAGUCGCAGACAAGGGUGGAAGCAUUUUUACAAAAACUUGUUGUUUGUUUGCUGUUUUAUUGACAACAACGAAUCGAGCCUCUGAUGUACGAAGCAGGUCCAAAGUUAUUGACCGUAUUUAUAGUCUCUAUAAGCUUACAGCACGUAAACAUAAAAUUAAUACUGAAAGAAUAACUUAUAAACAAAAGAAGAAUCCUUCUCUAAGUAUUCCCUUUAUUCCAGAAACACCUGUAAGGACCAGAAUAGUUUCAAGACUUAAACCUGAUUGGAUUUUGAAAAGAGAUAAGCUAGAAGAAAUAACGAAUCCCCUUCAAGCUAUUCAGAUGGUGAUGGAUACCCUUGGCAUUCCCUAUUAGUAAAUGUAGAUAUCUUUAGUGUGUACAGCAUAAAAAAAUGUAAAAGCUAAUCAUGAAAAUGUAAACUGUUUUUGCUUUCUGUGUAUAACAUUUAAAAUUUGGCUUUGUAUUCAAAGUUUCG